AUGUCGUUUCACAUGAAGAUAAAAAAAAUCCACUUGCGUCUAAUAUACAAGGAAAUGAACAAAUACUUCUUCGAAUGCAUAUCGACAGACCGGCAAAACAUGUUUUUUUUUAGAAUUCUUCAUGAUUCAGGACGAAGUACAAUGCCAAAUUCUCAUCAAUUAACUCCUACAAUGACGAAUUCGGCAGUUAACGGGAAUAAUCCGUUGACUUUCGAGAGUAUCGUUUGUUCACAAUUAGAAUUAAAACGACAUGCAGCUUCGUUUUCUCGUCGUCGAAGUACGAUGUGUCGUCGGCCGUCAUUAUAUGCUCCUUUGCCCACACAGCCAUUACCAGCGAUUUUGAUAUCUACUACGUUGUCUCCAAUGAAUCCUCGAAGAUCAACGGCAUCUAUUGCUGAUUUAUCUGUUCAACUUUUGAGAAGUAAAAACUUGAGUGCUGAUGGAAAACGCAGUCGAGCAUCUUCGAUUAAUUCAGCAAUGGGACCAGCAAUGCGAAGUAGUUUCGGCGAACGACAAUCACUUGUUUCAAUGUUGUAUUGGAAUUCAUCACAAAGUACAACAAUGAAAAAAGAUGAAUCACAUACAUCAAAGUGGAGCAUCGAUUUUCAACAGGAUGGACAUCAUUUUGAUAGUUUACGUGCACGUUUAAUCGAAGAAUAUACAGACUGUGAAUCGCUAUUCGAAUUUGCGAAGAAAACUGUGUUAGUACUUGUACACACGAAAAUCGCUACGGGUUUUCUCGGCAUUCUUCUCAUUCUACCGAUAAUAAUGAUGAGUAUCGGUGUUAGUCAUUUAAGCGAUUGUCCACGACAAACACAUUUGCCUAUUUAUUUAUUUGUCGCGGGAAUUGUUUGGACAACAAAACUUCUUCAAAAUAUUUGGCAUAAAUAUCGUCUCCAACAAAAAGCAUCGAACGAUGAAGAAACGCCAACAGAACGCAAUGAUGGUCAUGCGUUCAUUGACGGUCUCAUGACGUCAUUUUUGAUCGUUUGGUUCUUCUUAGGUCAUUAUUGGUUGGCGACGAUUGGUUAUCCACCACAAUUCGAACAACCAUUAGAAACACCCGAUGUUUGGAGAAGAUAUCUAGCGUCCACGCGUCCCCACACGUAUCUUGCACUUCAUAUAACGCAAUACAAUCAAACGAUGACCGGUUCAUUAGCGUACAACCGUCAACAUAGUUUAUCAGCAGGUCAUUCGAACGUCGAUAAAAUGGAACAACAAACACUUCGUCGGUGGUCAUCGGCUGAUCACUCGUAUUCGUUCGAUAUAAUAUCGGAAGAAAAAUUAUGCAUUCAACGCAAUCAAACACCAAGUGAUUUCGACUCUGGUGUAGAAGAUUUUGAUCAACAAAAUGAAAAUGAUAACGAAACAAUUAACGCUUUCGCUCCUUGCGUCGAUGAUGAUGAUGAUGAAGGAUCAAUUCCACCCGUUUUUGUUGCUGAACAACCAAUAGUGCAAGAACACCCUCCAACCUUGAUUGAACUGGCUAAACGUGUUUCAGACGUCGAAAAGAAAGAAUUUUGUGAAAACACAAUGGUUGUCUUUCACGGUGAAUUUGCCACGUUAAUUUAUGAACCAAUUAUCAGUAUCAAUGGAGAUUUUCGAUACCAUCUAUUAGCUCAAGACGAAGUGAAUAGUGACGCUCGUUCCUGGCGCGGUGCUGACGCGAUAAAACUAGACAAUGCAAAAACCCAACUUCAAUGUCAAAAUCCUGUUUGUCGUCGUUUAUGGACAUCAGCACGCGGACGAAUCGCUUUCGUAGUUAGUGUUCCUCAACUUGACGGCUUCAUUGUACUCAAAAUCUUUGAGCAAAAGUGUAAACAAUGUCACUCAGUUGCUCAACCACUGUGGUACACAGAGGAAGUUUGUCGUGUUAUGAAAAACUUAUCGAAUUUCAUCUUUGCUCGGUAUUUUCCUUCCAUGGUAACCAGUGAAAAUGCUCUACAAGUGAAUCCACCUCGUCGUCGUCCGCAACACGAUCCUCAACAACGUCCAGGAAACAUGACGGCACCACACGAUAGAAAUCACUGUGUUGCAUGUGAUUUCGGUUAUUGUUUUAUGUGA